AUGGCCAGCGAUUCUCAAGAGGCGGCGCUGAGCAUGCACUCGUUUAGUGACGAACUUUCGUCGAUGCCUGUAUCAUUUCAAGUGUUGAAACUGAAGAACAGUUUGUUUGUGUGGAUCGGCAAUAGUGACAACAAGUGCCUGAGUGACCUCAAUUUGGCCAUGGUGGUGCCCCCAGAAGAAAUCACAUCUGUGAGGCUGAUGGGAAACCUGCUGACACCUUCGUCAGUGCUCACCAAAAGACUCUGCAAGAAACUGGGAAAGCCUGUUUACUUGAGCUACAACUUGCCACAAAAUGACAACAUGCUUCUUGAGAUCGUUAACAAGAGGCUGAACAAAGAAAUAGAAAAUAAUCUUGACAAAUUUAAAUAA